GCGACAACAGCGUACCAGACGUCGUUCGUGUAACCAUGAUCAAUGGACGCCGUUUAGUCUUGUUUUCUUAAAUAUAUACGAAUUUCUGUAGUUUGGUACCGUCACAGUUAAUGUUUUGUAUCUGACCAAAGUCGUCAUAGUGCACUUUGAAGCUUCUUAAGAUUCUAUAGUUUAGCACGUUAUCUACCACCAAAGACAUCGCUAAACCGAGAUCGCGUUUGGGUGUAAAGUGUUGUGAUUUUAUCGUGCGAAAAUGUGUAAAGUGGAAACGCUGAGAGCUCUGCUAAAUGAGCGACUAAGUGCGGCUGUGGAAGAAAUAGUUGUCGUGUUUGAAAGAACGAUAGCAGAGUACGAGGAGGAACUUUGUCGAACAAAAGAGGAGAACGAGCGUCAACGUCAACUACUGGACGCUGUUUUCAAGCCUCAAGUUGUGUUACGCAGAGAAAGUUCCAGAAAAGAAUAUCUUCCCUCUGAGCAGCUGGCGUCAAUCUCCAAGUUGGAACCGCAGGAGGCCGAGGCCCCACACAUUAAAGAGGAAGAGGAGGAGGAGAAGGCCGAUAUCACCAAGUUGCCAUUGAUUGGUGUUUCUUUGAAGGCCGACGACGAGGGUGAAGAAAAAGGUGAUGGAGGUUCACAAGCUGACAACCUCUUUGCGCCAUUGUCGGAUAGUGAAGACAUAAUAACGUCACACUCUCCUGACACUGAUGAUGAGGAUUACCCGAAGAGUGAGAUGACAUGUCACGCUGACAAAAAACGCUGGAAAUGUUCUCAGUGUGACAAAACAUUUCACUAUAGCAGUGCACUAAUCAAACACUCGAGAAUUCACACAGGAGAGAAACCUUUCAUGUGUUCAGUGUGUGGGAAAAGUUUCGCUCAUAAGGGAAAUUUGACGGCCCACACGAGGACGCACACUGGAGAAAAACCGUUUUCCUGCUCAAUCUGCAACAAAAGUUUUACUGGUAGCUCAACGUUGAUCAAACAUACGAGGAGACACACUGGAGAGAAACCUUUUAGAUGCUCAGUUUGCGGUAAAAGAUACAGACAAAAUGAAACUUUGAAAGCACAUGCAAGAACACACACUGGCGAGAAACCUUUUUUGUGCUUAGCCUGCAACAAAAGUUAUAGUUCGCGUUCAUCAUUUGCCCGACACAGAAGAACUCACACUGGUGAGAUACAGUAAUGUUCAGUUGCGGGUGUGUGCAAUAACACGUUCCCUCAUAAGUAUCGGCUUGGCACACACACACACACAAGUAUGUAGCGGUAAAAUGAAGCUGCGGGACUUUCAAGACUUUGAGAAACUUUGACUUUCAUUCGUUCAUGGUGGUUGUAAUGCAAUUCAUGAGGACAUGACUUUGAUGAGCAGAUCUGACACAUGUUCUCAAAAAUGUGGAAACUCCCUCAUUAAUAUUCCAUUCACUUGUUCAUUUUCAGAGGAUGAAUUGAGUCUCUUUGCAAGGGACGAAAGGACGUCAUUGUACGUGGGAGAUGAUCGGUGUCGCAGGCCUCCUAUAAUCUUUCGACCUAAACGUAGAUUGGGAGGAAAAAAGUAUCUCAACCCUUAAAUUACUGCAUAAAUGAGUCACAAAAUGUGGUCUGCUCUUCAACUAAAUCACAAGAGUUAAAAAAAAAAAAAAGUCUCCUUAAACUAGUACCACACAAACAAUUGUGUUUUCAAAUUUUUAUUGACUUAAGGGCUCCUCUUUGUUGGCAAGUAUAGAAUAGAAUUAUUAUUUUUUUUUUAGUCUACAUUAAGGAAAUAAACAUACAGAGAGUCACUGAGAAAUGUAAGCGGAUCAGUAGUGCGAUAACUGUGACACAACGGCGAUUGUGCAAAUGCUGCAGUUUGCCGUGAUAACAUGAAAAUGAGGAUUUUGAAAUCAGAAGUCAUGGAAAACAGUGGCAACUAUAUAUUUAAGUAUGCUUUAACUGUUGUUUAUGUUAAAAGUGGAUUUGGAGGGAAAAGAUGUUUGGAAUAGUAUCUGUGAAAAUAAAUAUCCAAUUUUGUUA